CACUACAAAGGGUACGAGGAGGUCAAGGUCCCAGCUGCGAAGAAGAGCACUCCAGAGCCAGGCGAGAGGGUGGUCCUGAUUGAGGAGAUGGAGGAGUGGGCCCAGCUGGCAUUCACCGGCUACAAGAAGCUGAACCGCAUCCAGAGCCGCAUCUACCCGACGGCCUUUGGCAGCAACGAGAACCUGCUGGUGUGCGCGCCCACGGGGGCCGGCAAGACCAACAUCGCGAUGAUCGCGGUGCUGCGCGAGAUCGGCGCCAACAUGCGGCAGGGCGUCAUCCAGAAGCAGGACUUCAAGAUCGUCUAUGUGGCGCCCAUGAAAGCCCUGGCCGCUGAGGUCACCGCCACUUUCUCCAAGCGCCUCUCCGCCCUCGGCAUAGUGGUGCGGGAGCUCACGGGCGACAUGCAGCUGAGCAAGCGCGAGCUGACGGAGACGCAGAUGAUCGUGACCACGCCCGAGAAGUGGGACGUCAUCACGCGCAAGGGCGGUGACGUGGCGGUGGCCCAGGCCGUGCGCCUGCUCAUCAUCGACGAGGUGCACCUGCUCAAUGACGAGCGCGGUCCCGUCAUCGAGACCCUCAUCGCGCGCACGCAGCGCCAGGUGGAGGCGAGCCAGAGCAUGAUCCGCAUUGUAGGCCUGAGCGCAACGCUGCCCAACUACAAGGACGUGGGUCUGUUUCUGGGCGUCAAUGUCGACACAGGCCUCUUCUACUUCGAUGCCUCGUAUCGGCCUGUUCCCCUGGAGAUGCAGUUCGUGGGCGUCACUGAGAAGAGGGUGCUGGACGCCAAAAACGUCAUGGACGAAAUCUGCUAUGAGAAGGUGGUGGAUUCACUGCGGAAGGGGCAUCAGGCGAUGGUGUUUGUGCACUCGCGCAAGGACACGGGCAAGACUGCGCGCACGCUGAUCACCAAAGCGCAGAACGCUGGCGAGACGGAUGUCUUUGACUGCUCCCAGGAGGACCAGUACCCGUUCACCCUCAAAGAAAUCAAGCGCUCACGCAACAGGCAUGGCUCUUAUCCUUCUCAGGAGUUGCAAGAUCUAUUCCCAGGGGGCAUAGGCAUGCACCAUGCCGGCAUGCUGCGCUCAGACCGCAACCUCAUGGAGAAAGCGUUUGCUGACGGCAUGCUGAAGGUCCUGUGCACAACUGCCACGCUGGCGUGGGGUGUCAACCUGCCGGCGCACACCGUCAUCAUCAAGGGCACGCAGCUGUACGACGCGCAGAAGGGCCAAUUCAAGAAUCUGGGCAUGCUGGAUGUGCAGCAAAUUUUUGGGCGGGCGGGGCGGCCGCAAUAUGAGGACACCGGGCUGGGCAUCAUACUGACACAGCACGCGCAGCUGGCCCACUACCUGGGCAUGCUGACUCAUCAGCUGCCCAUUGAGUCCCAGUUUGUCAGCAACCUGGAGGACAACCUCAACGCUGAGAUUGUGCUGGGCACGGUGACAAAUGUGAAGGAGGCGUGCGCGUGGCUGUCGUACACGUACCUGUUUGUGCGCAUGCUGAAGAACCCGCUGUCCUACGGCAUUCCCUGGGAGGAGCUGGCAGCCGACCAGCGCCUGGACGGCCGGCGCAAGCAGCUCAUCACCGACGCAGCGCGCAAGCUGGAGAAGUGCAAGAUGGCACGCUUUGACGAGCGGAGCGGGCAGCUGUAUGUGACAGAGCUGGGCCGGGUGGCGUCGCACUUUUACAUCCGCCACAAGUCCAUCGUGGCCUUCAACGAGCUUCUGAAGCCCCACAUGACUGAGUCUGAGGUGCGCUUUCUGGCCAUGCUGGCGCAGAGCAGCGAGUUUGAAAACAUGGCGGUGCGGGAGGAUGAGCUGCCAGAGCUGGACGCUCUUGUGCGCAGCGCGUGCCCCUUUGAUGUCAAGGGCGGCCCAGAGAACAAGCACGGCAAGAUCAACAUCCUGCUUCAGGCGUACAUCUCCCGGGUGCGCAUGGAGAGCUUCUCGCUGACUGCGGACAUGAUGUACGUGAGCCAGAAUGCGCCGCGCAUCUGCCGAGCGCUGUUUGAGAUCUGCCUGCGCCGCAGCUGGUCCACCGCUGCCGAGCUGGCACUCACCCUCUGCAAGGCGUUUGAGCGGCGGCUGUGGCCGCACGCGCAUGCGCUGCGCCAGUUUGAGCACGCGCUGGCGCCGGAGCUGCUGAUGAAGCUGGAGGACCGGGGCCUGGACCUGGACCGGCUGUGGGACAUGGAGGCUGCCGACAUCGGGGCGCUGCUGCGCCACCCGGCCGCUGGCAAAUCCAUCGCCGCCUGCCUCGAGGCGUUCCCCGCGCUCCAGCUGGACGCCGUGCUGCAGCCCAUCACCAGGACGGUGCUGCGGGUGCAACUGACGGUGCAGCCGACGUUUCAGUGGCGGGACGCGUCGCACGGCAACAGCAUGCAGUGGCACAUCUGGGUGGAGGACAGCGAGAACGAGCACGUGUACCACAGCGAGACCUGGAUGCUCACCAAGAAGAUGAUGCGCGAGCCGCAGCACAGACUGGCCUUCACCAUCCCCAUCUUUGAGCCGCUGCCCUCCCAGUACUACAUCCGGGUGGUGUCGGAUACGUGGCUGCAGGCAGAGGCAACAUUGCCCAUGUCAUUCAAGGGCCUAAUUCUGCCGGAGCGCCACCCGCCCCACACCGAGCUCCUUGACCUGGACCCACUACCAGUCUCUGCGUUGGACAACCCUCUUUACGAGGCCCAGUACAAGUUCUCUCACUUCAACCCCAUCCAGACGCAGGCGUUCCACACGCUGUACCACACGGAUGAGAGCGUGCUGCUGGGUGCACCCACUGGGUCGGGCAAGACCAUCAGCGCUGAGCUGACCAUGCUGCGCGUGUUCAACGCCCACCCGGGCAAGAAGAUCAUCUACAUAGCACCUCUCAAGGCGCUGGUGCGGGAGCGGAUAAAGGACUGGGGCCAGGGGCUGUGCAAGAAGCUGGGCAAGAAGCUGGUGGAGCUGACUGGGGAGUACACCCCCGACAUGCGCGCGCUGAUGGGCGCUGACGUCAUCAUCUGCACGCCCGAGAAGUGGGACGGCAUCAGCCGCGCCUGGCACACCCGCUCCUACGUCAAGCAAGUCUGCCUGCUCAUCAUCGACGAGAUCCACCUCCUGGGCGCCGACAGGGGUCCUAUACUGGAGGUGAUAGUGUCCCGGAUGCGCUACAUUGCGGCCACAAUGGACCAGCCGAUCCGCUUUGUGGGGCUCUCCACUGCGCUGGCCAACGCCAUUGACCUGGCAGACUGGCUCGGCGUCGGCCCCAAGGGUCUGUUCAACUUCAAGCCGAGCGUGCGCCCUGUCCCGCUGGAAUGCCACAUCCAGGGCUUCCCCGGCAAGUUCUAUUGCCCGCGCAUGGCCACCAUGAACAAGCCGGCCUAUGCCGCCAUCCAGGCGCACUCGCCCAUAAAGCCGGUGCUGGUGUUUGUGAGCUCGCGGCGCCAGACGCGGCUGACGGCGCUGGACCUCAUCGGCUACGCGGCGGCCGAUGAGCGGCCGCGCCAAUAUGUGCACUGCCCCGAAGAGGAGCUCGAGCAGGCGCUGGAUGGCAACCUGCGCCACACGCUGCAGUUUGGCAUUGGGCUGCACCAUGCCGGCCUCAACGAGACCGACCGCACCGUAGUCGAGAAUCUGUUCGUUGCCGGCAAGAUCCAGGUUUUGGUGGCAACGAGCACUCUGGCCUGGGGUGUCAAUACACCAGCACACCUGGUCAUCAUCAAGGGCACAGAGUUCUUUGAUGCUCCCACCAGGCGCUACGUUGACUUCCCCAUAACGGACGUGCUGCAGAUGAUGGGGCGAGCGGGGCGGCCGCAGUAUGACCGGCAUGGCGUGGCCGUAAUCAUGGUGCACGAGCCCAAAAAGUCCUUCUACAAGAAGUUCCUCUACGAGCCCUUCCCUGUCGAGUCCAGCCUGCAGGACCAGGUGGCGGACCACUUCAAUGCUGAGGUGGUGGCGGGCACAAUAGGCUCCAAGCAGGACGCGAUAGACUACCUCACCUGGACCUUCUUCUACCGGCGCCUGCUGCAGAAUCCGUCCUACUACAACCUGGAGAGCACAGAGAUGGAGGACGUCAGCGACUUCCUGUCCGACAUGGUGGAAACCACCAUGGCCACCCUGCAGGAUGCUGGCUGCGUGACAAUCGAGGAGGAUGGCGCGAUUGGGCCCCUGACGAUGGGGCGAGUGGCAAGCUUCUACUACCUCAAAUACCAGACCAUGGCCACCCUGCACACCGGCCUGCACGCUGACAUGACCGUGCCCGAGUUGUUGGGCGCGCUGUGUGCGGCGGCAGAGUAUGACGAGCUGCCGGUGCGGCACAACGAGGACAAGCUCAACAUGACGCUGUCGGCCGAAGUGAGAUUCCCGAUCGACGCCCGCUCCGCCGACGACCCCCACACCAAAGCCAACCUCCUGCUGCAGGCGCGCAAUUUAUCCUAUGUGUCCACGCAGGCGCACAUGGGGCGGGUGGCGGUGCCGAUCAGCGACUACGUGGGGGACACGAAGGGCGCGCUGGACAACAGCGUGCGCGUGCUGCAGGCCAUCACCGACCUGGCAGCCGACGCCGGAUGGCUGGGCACCGCCCUCUCCACCAUGCACCUCAUCCAGGGCCUCAUGCAGGCUCGCUGGUGGGACGAGAAUGCGCUGCUGAUGCUGCCGCGCAUGGAGGCGAGCGGGGUGCAGCUGCUGGCUUCCAGGAAGCUGGCGUCGCUGCCGCAGCUUCUGGAACAGUGCCGUCGGCAGCCUGCCCAGGCCCGGGCUGCCCUGGAGCAAGCCCUGGGCAGCUCAAGGGCAGCCGAGGAAGCCAUGACGGUGUGCGAGCGGCUGCCUCUGGUGGAGAUGUCCUGGCAGGCGCCCAGGCCGAGUGGGGCGACCGGCAGGCAGCGCUAUGUGUUGGAAGUGGCAGUCCGAGCAGCGAGGGGUCCUCGAGGAGCGGCCGGAAAGGCCUAUGCCCCCCUCUUCCCCAAGGUGAAGGAGGCAGGAUGGUGGCUGGUGCUGGGGGAUGCGAGCACACAAGAGCUGCAUGCCAUAAAGCGCGUGUCCUUCUCCGACAGGGCCAAUGCGCGACUCAGCUUUACUGCAGGCGCCGCUGGCUCCGGCGCUGCGCCCUUCUCCAACCUGCACCUGUACCUGAUGUCGGACGCCUACAUGGGGCUGGACCAAGUGCACAGCUUGGACACUCCCAGCAGACAGCCUGGCCAGGAGCAGGGCAGCAAUGGCAGAGGGGAACAUGUGCCUGAGGGGCGCACACAGCAGAGGGAGGGUCACAGAGGCGAUAGGGGAAGGGGACGUGGCGGCCAACGGCGCCAGCAGCCGCAGCAGAGACCGUCGCAGCCGCAGACGCAGGAAGUUCAGCUGCAGCAGGGUCAGCUGCAGGCAGAGCAGCAGGAAGGGCAGCAGCGGCAGCGGGAGCCCAGGUCCCGCAACAGGCGCGGGCGGGGAUCGGGGCCCGGGCCGCAGAACACAGCAGGGGUUGCUGGGGAAACAGCAGGUGCUCCUGUGCCAUGAGGGAGCGUUCCAUGUGUAAGGGCCGGUCUUUGCGGAUUGGUGAUAGCGUUUGGAGGUCGGCAAGUUAUAAGUUGAUCUCAGUUGGGUCCAUGAUGGUGCACGGUGCAGCACCGGCCAACACGGCCUUUAUCGCUUGUAACUUGAGCACGCAUGCUGGCAGC